AUGGUAUCUCUUGUCGUGCCAGCGCGGCUGGAGAAGAGUAUUGCGGAGGAGAACGUCGCCCCUUCCCCACCCUCCCCGACGCCUGAAGCCACCGAUGGGGUCAUGGAUGGCGGUUUUCAUGCCUGGAGCACAGCCAUGGGCGGGUGCAUCACAGUCGCCACGACCUUCGGAUAUGCGAAUAGCUUUGGCGUGUACCAGGACUUUUACACGCGCUCUCAUACGGCCUCUGCCUCCGCCAUAAGCUGGAUCGGCUCUACCCAGCUAUUUUGCUUACUAGCCAUGGCGUUACCUGCUGGCAAGCUACUCGAUAUGGGAUACUUCAGGCUCACGACGAUGGUCGGCACGUUCGUUUAUGUGUUUUCGUUAUUCAUGGUCUCGAUAUGUGACCCUCAAAAAUACUAUCAACUCUACCUCGCACAAGGACUCGGGGUGGGAAUCGGUUCCGGUCUCCUUUAUAUCCCCUGUCUCGCUGUCCAGUCGCACCAUUGGCGUGCUCGUCGAGGUCUCGCAAUGGGCAUCGCUGCCACAGGGACAUCAAUUGGCGGCAUCAUCUUCCCGAUUAUGCUUAAUGAACUCUUCAAGGGUUCUAUGGGAUUCGCGUGGGGGGUUCGAGUCUCCGCCUUUGUCGUUCUUGCAAUGUUACUUGCUGCGAAUGCUUUGAUGAGCGCGAAGGCAAACUUCAAUGCCAAGAAAGUACAGCCGGACCUUAAAGGCAUUAUGACGGACAUUCCGUACUUGAUCUCUAUCUUCGCUGUCUUCGUCAUGGACUGGGGUGUUUUCUUCCCAUAUUUCUACCUUCAGCUCUUCGCCGUCGUUCAUGGAGUCGAUUCAAAAACCGCCUUCUACUCGAUCGCCAUACUGAACGCUGCUGCUCUUCCUGGACGCAUUUUCCCAAACAUGCUCGCAGACCACGUUGGCCCAUACAACGUCGCCAUUCCGUGCGUCCUGUUCUGCGCCGUGCUCAUCUAUGCCAUGCUCGCUAUAAAAACGGUCGGCGGCGUCAUUGGGUUUGGCAUCUUGUAUGGCUUUUUAUCUGGAGCAAUCUUAUCACUUGCAGCACCGGCCUUUGCGACGCUAUCGAGACAUCCUUCGGAAGUAGGAGUUCGAUUUGGUAUCGCGUUUUCCUUAACGGCUUUUGGGGCCCUUAUUGGCACUCCAGUGACUGGUGCCCUACUGGGGCCUCACUUUGACUGGAAUAAGCCCAUCAUUUUCAGUGCAACCUCGACCGCAGCGGGGGUGGUUCUCCUACUUGUGACGAGGCAGAUGCUUGUGAAACGCAGGAGCACAGAGCUGAUCUGA